AUGGGCCACCUGGAGCUCCUGAGCCUCCUGCUCCUGCAGGGGGUGGGCACGUGGGCACAAGUGGGAGGGGCAGAGAGCAGAGAAGUGCAGGGGGGUCAGAGAAGGCUGUGGGGGGAUUCUAAUGUUGGAGUGGGGGGGGCAUCUUCUUCUUCCUCCCCCACAGGCUGCGGCUACCGGCCAGAGUUUGACGGGCCCCAUGCCUCCCCCAUGGCUGGUUCGCGCAUUGUGGGGGGCUCAAAGGCGCUCCCUGGGAAAUGGCCGUGGAUGGUCAGCGUGCAAACCAGCACGUACCACUUCUGCGGGGGAUCCAUCGUGCACCCGUGGUGGGUGCUCUCGGCGGCCCACUGCUUCACCGACGGAAGGAACAACAUCAAGAUUGCAGCUGGGAGCAACUUCCUGGGGCGCAACAACGUGACACGCUGGGUGCAGAAGAUCCACGUGCACCCCCAGUACCACACCAAGACCUACGACAACGACAUCGCGCUGCUGCUGCUGCAGAAACCCAUCCCCUACAGCUGGUACCACAGCCCCCUCUGCCUGCCCGACCACACCAUCGUCCCCGACGAAAACAUGUGGGAGAGCUGCUACGUUGCCGGCUGGGGGCUCACGCAGCCUGGGUCGAGUCGGGGCUCCUACGCAUUGCUGGACGUCCAAGUAGGAAUAGUGGACUGGAGGCUAUGCUUGAAGUGGCUCUACUCCAUAACCCAGAACAUGAUGUGCGCCGGAUACGAGCAAGGGGGCCGGGACGCCUGCCAGGGGGACAGCGGGGGCCCCCUCAUGUGCCGCCCCCCCGGCGGGGGCAGCCACCGGCGCUGGUACCAAGUUGGGGUGGUGAGCUGGGGCCGGAGCUGCGCGGAACGGCAGAGCCCAGGGGUCUACACGCGGGUGGCCAACUACCGCUCCUGGCUGGAGCAGACGGCGGCCCGCGACGGGCGGCCCUUCCGGGUGCCGCAGACCCCGGCCAGCCACUCCCCGCUGCACGCGGAGCCGCUGGAGGCGGACAUGUUUCUUGGCAUCGAGAGCGGCGGCAACAGCAGCAGGAGGAGGAUCGUGGCCUUCCCGCCCGGGGCGCUGGGGGCUGCGGCGUUGGCCCUGGCCUGGCUGCUGCCCUGAGGAGUCCUGCGAGCGGCGGUUCUUCUGAAACAC